CAAGCAGUAUCAUUAAUUGCACGAUCAAUCGCCUAAAAUGUUCAAUAUUAUCCUUCUGGCAACAAUCCUAGUGAGCGUGGCUCAGGCCACAAUCAUCAUUAAGCCCGAAAAUCCCGUGGAGGAGACCACCAAGUGCCAGAUCUACUGGCGCGAACACGCCUGGGCUCUUGAAGAUUGUGUGUGCCGGGUCUUCCAGAACGGCUGUCUUCUGAACGAGGAGAGCAAUCGGCGGGAAAAGGCUGGAAAAACCCCUCUAAUUCCGGUCACCGAGCAGGUGUGCCAGAAGUUCAUCAAGCGCAAGUGCUUCCUUGGAUGGCCUGUGCUGGCCAAGUUCCCGAUUCCAUCGCCAUGCGGAUGCAAUGGCAAACAGGGCAGUCUGGAAAUCAAGAAGUUUUUGAGUCUGUGCGAACUGCAGAAGUACGCAGCUGAAUGCAACAAACCCUAUAUCAGCUACUCGAAGUGUUAAAAGAUGACUUGUAAUUGAUGAUGAUAAUUUGACUACCUCGAACGCGUCCUUGUUAAAAAUAAUGAAUAAACAUUUUAAAGCAGC